CCAGUGACCCCAGAGCAUCCUGUGUUCCCAGUGACCCCAGAGCAUCCUGUGUUCCCAGUGACCCCAGAGCAUCCUGUGUUCCCAGUGACCCCAGAACAUCCUGUGUUCCCAGUGACCCCAGAGCAUCCUGUGUUCCCAGUGACCCCAGAGCAUCCUGUGUUCCCAGUGACCCCAGAACAUCCUGUGUUCCCAGUGACCCCAGAACAUCCUGUUACCCAAUGCCCCCAGUCCAUCCUAUGUCAUCCAGUGCUUUUAGUGUGCCCUGCACACCCUCAUGACACCUAUGUCUCCAUGCAGCCUCAGGUACCCUCCUCUAAUCUCCUGGACGUCAGACACCCU